AGUCAAUAUGAAGCCACGUGUCUCCUUUGAGUCCUAAAUCAUUCUUCUCAUCACAAUAAUUUAAACAAGUAUUAGCAUCUUACUCAGCUGAACUUUAAUCUUUCAGAAAGUGCUUAUGCCCUCAAAAUAUCUUCACAGCAUUUCCUGAUAACAUCUCAAAUGGUCUCAUUCUUCCCCAUAAGCAAAUUUCCACCAUAAAAAAUGCAAUGCAAUUGACAUUUCCCCACAACUACUAAAAAAGUUGUUUUAACGAGAAAAAGAAGAGGACAGCACAGCAUUUAUAUCUAAUGUGAUAUUGAAUGAUCUUUGUUGUGCUCAUGGCAAAAAAUACAAGUUCCUCCUCAGUCUUAGAAAAAUGGGAUUCUGUACCAAAUGAACAGCCAUCCGAACCCAUUUUUAAAACCCCUUCACCCUUUUGGAAUCAGGAUUUAUUAUACAGAAGAUCUAGACAAAUACGUGAAUCCAUGCCUGAUGUUGUCACAGAUGGAUUUAACUUGUAUACUUACAGGUAUGAUUUAGGCUCUGUCACAAGCCCAAACCUCUCAUGUGUUAUAGGAGCAAAUCAGAGCCAUCCUUCACCGAGUCUGAACUCUACUAGCAGUAGGUAUCUACCACCUUCAUCGAAAUUACUUGUCAGCGACCCACAUACGCUGCACAGUAUUGGAAGGGGCACUUCAUACUGGAGUUAUUUACCUCCAGAAAUAGGACAUGGACUUGUCAAAGGUUUCAGAAAGCUGCAUAAUCCACAAAUUGACCCAUUGUCAGCUUCAUAUUUUUAUAGAGGGGUUGUUAGGGAUGCUCCAAGAAGAGAUAUUCCAAAUGAGGAAGUCAAAAUGUACAUGCAAAAAGAGAGACCGAGAUAUUCACAUUGGUACAACGAACCACAAAGUUAUAGAAUCUGCACUAAAACAGAUCGUGAGAGACAUUGUGUCAAAAACAACCCACUGCUAGGUUCUUUAUUACAUACAGAUUCUAAUAAAGAAUAUUUUAAACACAGUAUUGAGUACAAACAUCACCAGCCGCUCACUUUGUACGACUCUACUCAUGCUGUGCCUGAAAAAUCACAGCGGGAAAGUGAAAAACAAACAAGAGAGGAGCUCCCCCUGCUGGUCUGGAGAGAAGAAGAAGCAGAAAAACACAAUCACCAAACAAACACUAGCUCACAGACUAAAUCCUCCUCUUCUGCCCUUUGGGUUCUCCGUCGCUUUGCAGAAGGCACUUUGGUGGAGCUCGAGGGCGGCCGGCUGAAGCGGGUGGAGGAUUUAAAGAUGGAGGAUUUGGAGCGGUGUGCUCAGUUACAUCCUGAGCUGACACUGAAGCGUUUCACUGUGUUGAAGAUGACUCCAUCACAGACCCCAACGCUCUCAUGUUUACGUGUGGAGAUUGAGCAUGACCGCUCACAGUUGUCACUGGAGGUGAGUGAAGGGCUGCCCUUCUUUGUUUGCGGUUAUGGCUGGUCCUCCUGUAACCCUCAACAUACAAGUCAAACCUGCAGACUACAAUGCCGCCGACUAAAGGUGGGUGACGUGUGCCUGGCACUGACGCAUAUGCCCACCUCUUCAUCUCAGCCUGCCAAUCAGAGCCUAGCUGAAGUUGGUGGAGAUCUAGCGUUCCCAAAGUGUCAUGCCGAAAACAACUCCACAAUGCAGAAAAAAAAACAAUCAAGAAAGAGACACUUCACAGCUCCUGAACUAAGCAGCUAAAGGCUAAGUCAUAUAUUGUAUUUUAUUUUAUUUUAUUUUUUUACUUUUUUAUAGAACAGAAGUCUUUGUACAUUGCAAAUACCAUCUUUUGCAAAUAUAACUGUGUACAUAUUAACUGCAAUAUUGCCAGUUCAACUACACUAUCGUUCAAAGGUUUAGGGUCAGUGAGUUUAUUAUUAUUUUUUUAUAAUAUAAACAUAAUAUAAAGACAAUAUUUUAUUUAUUUAAUUGGUCAAAAGUGGCAGUACACUUAUUUUUAUGUAAAAUAUGUGUUUCUUUGACACUUUCUAUUCAUCAAAGAAUCCAGCAAAGACAUAUCAUAAUUUCCAUACAAUACUAAGUAGCACAAUGUAUUUCAGCAUUGAUAGUAAUAAGAAAUAUUUAUUGAGUACCAUAUCAGCAAGUUAUAGUUAUUUAUUAAGUAUAAUGUGACAGACUGACAGUACAUGAAGACUGGAGUAAUGGCUGCUGAAAU